AUGCCGAAGUCUAAAAAGGUUUUCAAGCUCAAUUGGGCAUCUUUUGAGCCCCGUGAAAAAAAGCCAGUCCCUAAGCCAAAAGAGCAGGAAAGUAUGGGAAAGAGCACAUCAAAAGUGUCCUCCACUUGGGCUGACAAGGUUAGAGUGACAGAGGUCGGGUCCCAUUUCACACUUGAAGCUGUGGACCUUGAUAUUAAUGAUGACAUCUUACAUAUACCGGAUGAUGUUAUUGAUGACAAUGAUGUUGAAUGGCUUCGCUGUAUUGUGGGUUAUUUCCCGGGGUAUUCUAUGCCAUUUCAUGCUGUCCGCUCAAUUGCUUUCCGUGCAUGGGAAGCUGCAGGGUUGGAAGAUGUUAUGUCCACAGGUACUGGCUUCUACAUUUUUAGAUUUAGGGAUGAGGAUGUGGUGCAUUCAAUCCUUGAGAGAGGGCCGUGGAUGUUUGGGGGUAAGUGUAUUAUUCUGCAACAAUGGCAUGCUCAGUUUACUUUUGAUAAAAGCUGCAUCUCUAGAGUUCCGGUAUGGGCUUGUUUGCAUGGUUUCCCUUAUCCUUUGUGGUCCCACAAAGGACUCUGCAUGGUUUCCUCUAUGUUAGGUCGACCGUUGUCUAGUGAUAAGACAACAUCAGAGCGGACCCGUUUGGAUUAUGCUCGGGUAUGUGUUGAGCUAGAUGCUACAAAGCCUUUGAGACGUCAUAUUGAAUUUCAGUGCCGGUUAUCUGCAGAGCCUAUUCAGAUUAUAGUGGAAUAUGAGUGGACCCCUAAGAUGUGCCUUAAAUGCUGUGUUUUUGGUCAUGUUUGUCACCAGCCAGAGGUACCUACUGCAGCCAUAGCUCAGGGUAAGAAUAAGAUAGUUACUAGUUUCCAGAAGGCACCAGGGAAAGCAGUGCAAUCUGAGAACUACGAGCCUUUGAAUCAGCCAGCCACUAUUGAUCCCAUUAGGGAGAGAGACCGGGGGAUGGAGAGGGAUGUUUUAGUGUCAUCUACAGUUUCAGUUCCAAGUAUAGUUAGAGUUGGGGAUGCUUCUCUGGCUUUGGUCCCGUAUCAGCAGACUGUUCGUGCUAGCAGAGGUGAAUUUUCUGGCUCUGAAUCGGGGUUUGAACCUGAUUCCCCUUUUCCUAUUGAGGAUGAGCAAGACCGUAUUAUGGGAUUUACAAAUUGCACAGAAAACACUCAGUCCUUUAUGAGUUCUGGGAGUAGGCAAUCUACCUCUUCCAACAGGUUUGCCUCGCUUGUUUUGCAUAGUGACGAUCUCCAGACACCGGAUGCCACCUUAUCUGGAUCAGUUUCCUUGCCACCCCUGGCAAAGGGGAUAGGUCGGGGAAAGCGGGGGCUUCGGCUCAAGUGA